GGGGCCUCGAUCCCUGGGAACCUGUGGGCAGGGAGGCUCGCAGAGGUGUCUGUUCAGAGAAUGCCUGUUACUGAUGCAGUCCAGGUCUUGAUUGAAAGCUGAACCUUUCUGGAUGUGACCUCGGUACCCUAGGUCAUCUGAGUAGAAAUGUUUUCUGAACAAUUUUGUGUGAACACAUGCAGGCUGAAGAUUUUAUUAGUCUGCAAAAGGUUUUGAUAGUGGAGAGACUAUUUCUCUCUGGUUUUCCCUUAUGAUCGUGUGAGUUUAGUAGUUCACAUCUCAAAUUGUUGUAUUAAACAAAUGCACAAUCUAUGGGACCUUUUUAGGAAAAAUGGCAAGCAUCAUUACCGGGCCUUCUUUGGGACCUACGUUCAUUCCUGGAGGAAUUCUUCGUGUGUCCAGUGCUCUUUGGUUUUAAAGGCAAGCCUCCGAGCCUUCCUUUCUCCUGGAUGCUGUGGUGGUGGCCAGGCAUGGCGUCCUCAGCCACUGCCUGGGAGCUGCUGCUUUCCUAGAGCCGGCCUGAUGGUAGAGAUGAGCUCUGUUUUCAUGACGAUGACGUGGGUGGUGUCUCCUCACAAGCAUCUCUUAGGGAGUCUCAGCCUGUGGGACUGCGGGAGUGCCCGAGCUGCUCCGGCCCUUCUCUAAUCUCGGCAGCCCGCCUCUCACUCAGGGGUUUCCAUCUGUUAAGUCUCCACGUUUGUCUUUCUCCACCCCAUUCACUUUCCUCUUAGUCUUUCUGCCCUCAUGAACAGUCUUUGCAGGGUUCGGGUUUUCACACUGCUGGUGGGAAUGCCUCCUGGCCUUGCUGCCUCCCUCUCCUAGAGUCUUCUUGUCCCUCGUGAGGCUCUGGUGUGUUGUGAUUUAGGCAGCCAUCUUGUGAGCAUAUGAGGAAAUAUCCAUAUACUCAGGGCAAAUUAGAACCACUUGAUUCUGUUUCCUCUUCAGCACAGAUUGUGUGUGUGUGUGUGUGUGUGUGUGUGUGUGUGUGUGUGUGAUCAGGGACUGACACUUGUAUUUUUUUUUUGGUGAUGGGGAUGAGAGGAGAACUGAGAAGGAAGGAUUAACUCCAAAGGAGCACAUGUCCAAAGAAACACAGUCCUUCAGACUGACGGUGGCGGGGCUGCCGGGGACUGUUUCCCCGCCCUUUAACUUUGGGAGCGGCUGAGAGCAGCCCCAAGGUCACUGGAUAAUUAAGACAAAGUCAAAGAGGAGACAUUUCACAGAUACCUCAGCCAGGCACCAUGAGGCCUCUGUGGUCAAGAAUGGAGAGAAGUUUGAGAAAUUAGGAAAAAAUAUCAGUGUCAGCACACAAUCCACUAUGGAGAAGACAGUUCCUAGUGGUCAGAUAGCUUAUGAAUGUGGGAAAUGUGGUAGACAUUUCAUUCGAACGGCAGACUUCCACCGACAUCAGAAAUGUCACACUGGUGAAAGGUCUUUUGAAUGCAAAGAAUGUGGAAAAGACUUCAGAUAUAAUUCAUUACUUAUUCAGCAUCAGAUAAUUCACACUGGCAAGAAACCAUUUAAAUGUAAAGAAUGUGGAAAAGGUUUAAGUUCAGACCCAGCCUUGAUUCAGCAUCAGAGAAUCCACACUGGAGAAAAGCCCUAUGAAUGUCAGGAGUGCGGCAAGGCCUUCAGUAGCAGCCUGGUCUUCCUCCAGCACCAGAAGUUCCACACUGGGGAGAAGCUCUACGAGUGUAAUGAAUGUUGGAAAACUUUCAGUUGCAGCUCGAGUUUCACUGUCCAUCAGCGAAUGCACACUGGGGAGAAGCCGUAUGAAUGUAAAGAGUGUGGAAAACGAUUAAGCUCAAACACAGCCUUGACUCAGCACCAGCGAAUUCACACAGGGGAGAAGCCCUUUGAAUGUAAGGAGUGUGGGAAGGCGUUCAAUCAGAAAAUAACCCUGGUUCAGCACCAGCCAGUUCACACUGGUGAGAAACCUUAUGAGUGUAAAGUGUGUGGUAAAACCUUCAGCUGGUGUGGAAGAUUCAUUCUGAAUCAGAAACUACACGCUCAGAAGACACGUAUCCAAGCAUAGGGCUAUCUAUAGUUAGGCACACUGUGUCUCUCCUUUUUUCUCUUUAUUUUUUUUUGAGACAGAGUCUUGCACUUU